CACUUCCCGGCACUUCCUACAGCGGCUUUGCAUCAGUGAGUUCAGCUCAGUCGCUCGCCGACCUCGAGACGUGAUUGGUGUUUUUCGCGAUUAAAGCCGCAGCUGUGUAUGCCGCAGUCGCGCCGCAAUCGCCACCGCUCGACGAGCAGCAGCGACGCGCUUGUUAUCGUCUCCGCGAAGCGGAUCCUUGCGCAAGAGCCGUUGUCGCGCGCGCGCUCCGAACUUUGCGAACCUCCGCGUCCGCGUUCGCGUCCUCGCGCGUUGCCGCGAUCGUCGUAGCCGUAGUCGUCGACGUCGUCGUCGUCAUCGUCAUCAUCAUCGUCAUCAUCUUCGUAGUCGUAGUCGUAGUCGUCGUCAUCGUCGUCGUCAUCGUCGAGACACAAGUGACAGCGGGAGCUAAAAAGGACCAAGUGACACAAGUGCGAGCACAAGCCGCUCCUUCCCGAGUGCUAUGACCGAGGAUUCUCCGCCGUUCUGCUGUGAUACGUAAGAAGCGCGAACUCGCCGAUAAUUCGCGCUCCCGAUACAAUCCCUCUCACGUGUUCUCGCGUGGUCGCGGCGAAAACUCCGCUGCGGACAGAGCCGCUCUCUUUCUAACUCCCUCCCAUCCCCUUCUCCCUUCGUAUUCCCCGACUCUCUCUCUCUCUCUCUCCCCCCCCCCUCUUGCUCUCGCGGAUGCCGCCCGCUGCGACCUGAUUACGCGCGCGCGUGCCGCCCUGUGCGUGCGUGCCCGCGACACACGAGGGAACGGGAUCGGCGAUUCAUCAUCGGCCGAUGAACGGUGGAUGAACGGUUUGUGUCCCGAUUAUCGUCGCACGGUCGACCAGUGACAUUGACAGCUGCCCGGUCAGUGACAUUUGACAGCCGCUCGUCGCCCCGUGCCGUGGAGGAUUUUACUCGCGAGAAGCAGCAGCCGACAUCGCGAAGUCGAGCGGAGCAGGCAGUCUUCGAGCGAGUCGGCUGGAGAAGGUGAGGAGAAGGAGGGAAGGGAGAGAGGAUGAAACCUCGAGGAAGAUCCGAAGAAACGCGAGCGAACGAAAAAGGGGUCGACGGAUGAUCUCAACGAGCGUUAUUCUCUCCUCGCGCCUUGGCCCUUGAGAUUUCGGAGAAAGACCCCGACUCCCCGAUGAUGGAAUGCCUGAGGAGCUUCUUUUCGUUUGAACACUGAGACGUUAAGAAAAAAGAAACCAGGCGCCACGGAGGCGUGAUAUGAAAUUGGUGCCAACGAUUCAGCUACCACAGCUACCACCGGUUUCCGCCGCGGGCGGAAUAACCGGAAUGGAUUCCCGGUUGCCUUCGAACAUACCGCUGCCUUUCAGUACGGACUUCCUCUGGCGGGCCCACCAGUACGGGGCCCCGAUAAACUUCCCGCACACCACGCACCCGCCGCCCAGUUCCCUCUUGGACUUUAAAACGCACUUGCCAACGACCCUUGCGACCGACCCGAGGUUGUGGUCGCGCGAGGAUGUGGCGGCGUUCCUGCAGUGGGCCGAGAGGGAAUUCGAUCUGCCGACGAUCGACAUGGAGGGCUUUCAGAUGAACGGCAAGGCCUUGUGCCUGCUGACGAAGGCCGACCUCGGGGACAGAUGCCCCAGCGCCGGCGACGUCCUGCACAACGUGCUCAACAUGCUGGUGCGCGACUUCAGCCAGUUGCAAAGAUGCAUGCCGCACAGCCCGGUCACGCCGACCAGGCCGACCGCGUACCCGCUGAGCCCGCACUCUCAUCCGCCGACGCCAACCUGGACGGACACUCCGUACGCCCAGAAUCUUGCCUCUCUCAUGUCGGCCAACUCGGUCACGUUGUCGCCGGCGCCCUCCGUGGACAGUCAAGCGGGCUCGCCUGGCCACGCGGACGGCAACCAGACGCAGGUCUACAAGAGCGACUCGGACGAGGACAAUCAGCAGGUGAGCGGCAACAGCAGCCCGCCGGCGACACCGACCGCUCUCACGGUGCAGAGACUCAGCGAGGUUAGCGUGAAGGAUCAGCCGAGCCCGACGUUACCGCCGCAGCUGAUGCCGCUGACUCCCGGUGCCUUCCGGUCGACCGCGAGCACCGCCAGAGAAUUCUUCCCCAGCGACUCUACGGAGCCCAACACGAACGGCAGACUACUCUGGGACUUCCUUCAGCAGUUGUUGAACGAACCCACGCAACGGUACACGCAUUACAUCGCGUGGAAGAAUCGGGAGACCGGCGUGUUCAAGAUCGUCGAUCCACCGGGCCUCGCGCGGCUCUGGGGCAUCCAGAAGAAUCAUCUCUCUAUGAAUUACGACAAAAUGAGCAGAGCUCUUCGUUACUACUACCGCGUGAACAUACUUAGAAAAGUCCAGGGAGAACGUCACUGUUACCAAUUCUUACGCAACACCGUCGAAUUGAAGAACAUCAAGAACAUAUCGGCGCUACGUCAACAUGCGCGAAUAAAAUCGGAGCCGGAGCCGGAGGAGGACGGAGCCUUCAUCGAGUCGGCGGAAGUGGACAUGCCUACGGAUCUCUCGAUGUCCAGCAUGAGCCAGCCGUCGAGCGAGCAGCCCCUUCCGCUGCACGACCCACCUGCCAAGUACAGAUCAAGUCACACGUACAACCUCGUUAGGACCAAUCAGGAGCCGGAAGAGAGGAAGUGACGCGGGACCUAGCGAUGACAGGAACGCAAUGAUCGUGCGUAAUCGUUACUCGCCGUGGACGUAGGACUCGGCGUCAAGGCGACCUUUUGAUGAAGGAGGGUCUCGUAUUGGCAACCGACUAACGGGCCGAGCCAUCGGAACCGAAUACCUUCGACGGUUGUUCGUUUGCGAAAAGAUGGAGUCAUCCGCGCAAAGGCGGGUGAUUCGCGGAAUAGUCGGAGAAGGCUACCGAGCCGCGGGCACAUACGGUAGCGAGAGAUAGGAAGAGGAAAAGGAGAAAAAACGGAAACUGAGAGAGAAAGAGAGCAGUCUGAUGCUAAAUGAGAGAGGACGAAUGUAAAGAUGCAUUAAGAAUGAAGCAGUAAUUGAGAAUAAAAUUACAAUGUUUUAACUAUGCGGAACAUCGAUCGACGCACAAUCGCUAAUAAUUCGGACCUGCAAAAAGCAAAACGGUUUGUGCGAGACGCGAACAGAAAACUGUUACAAUCCCCUCCCUAUCUACACGCCGCGAGACUCUCUGAUAAUAAUCGUCAAGGCGGAAGGAAACGAAUAAGCAUACAUUUGUCCAAAUUCACGGAAUCACAUCGACACUCCAAAGAUAAUAUCCGAGGGAGAUCAAGGAAUCGAAUUCCUCCGCUGCUCUGUCUGUCGGAAAUUCCACCGAGUUGCUGCGCUACACAUAUACACAUGCAAAUGCAUAUACACAAAUACACGUACACACGUAUAUACACGAGGAUCCUUACACUUUCGUCGGCAUGUGUAACAGAGUGAUAAGAAGCGCGAAGAGAAACGCGUUUUGCCAAUCACCUCGCGGCGCAAAUCGGAUAACGAUUCGCCCGUCCGCACGCACGGACACAUUCGCGUUGAGUCGUUUGCGCGCCGAUAACGAUAAGACGCUUCGAUGAAGCUGGAUCUUCGCGGAUAUUCCGCCCGUCACCGCCUUCCUACCCCACCAUGGACCCAGCUCCGCGAAUUGUUGGGCACUUUCAUUUCCGCUUUUACAACGACGUAAUGAGACACGUAUGAAGACUUGGGUGCACUUAAGGAUACGCCGAUCAUAUAAUUCAAUGUACAAAAAAUGCAAUGCCAGAGGAAAAACUGUUUUA